AUGAGUCCGCUGCGCACGACUCGAUCGUACGAUCGCGACGGCUGCCUCGCGCAGCGAAGGCGAGCCGACGGCGUGCCUGUCGUCUGCCCAUCUCCGCUGAGCUCUCCAGAGGACGAGCAAGGAGGUGCUGCAUGGCACGCGAACACGGUAGCAUCAACUUCUCAGCCGGCGAAGUACGCGAAGCCGGCCUCGGCGACCACCGAAAAGACCAAGUUGUCGCGGUGGAAGCGCUUCCGAAGGGCCAUCUCGGAGGACUUGCAGUCGUUCGAGCCCGAAGGCGCCGGCAGGAAGACUCCGCCUGAAAGGCGUCUAGACGAUGCUGCUGUCAAAAAGGAGGUGCAAGCUGGUCGAUGGCCGUUUGAAGCUCCAUUGAACACCGAAUGCAGUUGCAAAAACUGUCAAGACAAGAUCGAGGUAGGAUUGGCGUCCAACUACGAGCCCAAGUGGACGCGCGCUGCGAGGAUCAGAUGGUUGGAAGGACAGGAGGAUGCAGCAGCUGGAUCCAAAGAAGGUGGCGGGAUCUCGGCCGCAGGAACAGCUCGUUCCACUAGUCGCAUCGCCAUUCAGGCGGACGAGGUGGCUCAGCUGCACAACGAGACGGUGCAUCCGAUGACCCAAGCAGAAUUGGCAGCGGCCGAUCCGACCUCGCCCCGAACGGAGCGGGGAGAGGCUCUGACAGCCACGGCCGGGUCGGACAAACCGACGGGAGCGGAAGAGGGCGACGAGGCGUUGCGGCGCGAGAUCAUGGCGCGAAGGCAAAAGGCAGCGAGGCAGAGUCCCGUGCUUCGACACGGGGCACGAAGCAUGAUGCGUCAAAUCGAAGAGGCGGAGCGUCGGGAGCAGGAAGCUGCGAGAGUCAGAACGCAGAGUCGAGAAGGGCAUCGCAGGAGCGUGUCUGGGCCUGGAACCGGCUCGGGACGCUCUUCGCCAGCGUCGCCAGCGUCAAAGGGCAUAACGCCAUCGACGCCAGACACGGCCUCGACCUCGCCGCAAGAACUUCGUGCCGGUGGCGACUCGUACUUUGAUUUGCCUCGAGUACCACCCGAACGGGUUCGGUCGCCGUUGAUCCCCGUCGAGGUAGCUUACAACAGCACCAGUAGCAGCAGCGACAGCAUGAAACCUGGGUAUGCAAGGUCUCUGACAGCCGUUGAUGCGACUUGGUCAAUGGCGAGCGUUGCACAGACGUUGGAAGCUCUAGCCUCGCCGACGACUUCACCGCAGACAAGUCCAUUUGUAGAAAAGUAA